GCGGCGAGCGAGACGCCGAUUCUAUUCUACAAGUCGACAAGGAGCCUUCCCCCAGGAUAUAUAGGAGAGGCACCAUACCUCCGUCCGCGAGGAGAUGGAAUUCUGCGCGCGGCAGCAGCAGCUUUUCAAUCGGUCGCCGCCGCCUUCGACCACCAAACGAUGCCAACGCCCGGCGGCACCGUCGACGGCGAGAGCAUCUUGGCCGCGCUCCCGACACCCAGCUGUUGGUCUCGUCUGCUGUCCUAGCCUGGCGGCACUGCAGGUCACCACCGCCUCCACGACCACGAACGCCGCUCGUUCCUCAGACUCUGAGGGCAUCUGCUUCAAGAACAUCAUCCUGGACACGAAAUUGCCAAGGGAGGGCAAGUUUUUCGAGUUGGAGAUGACGGUCCGUGACUGCGACCUCGACGUGUACGGGGUCGUGAACAAUGCUGUCUAUGCUGGUUACAUCGAAACAGCUCGUCAAGAGAUGGCUGCGAGCCUCGGCGUCUGCACGGGCUCGAUCGUACGCACAGGCCGUGCCAUGGCGCUCUCCGAGUUGAACGUCAAGUACUUCGCGCCACUAAAGCGCGGUGCCAAGUUCGUCGUCAUGGUGAGGAUUGUCCAAAUCAAGGGUGUGCGGAUGCUCGUGGAGCACUUGAUCGCGACACUGCCGGACCGCGAGCUCGUGCUAGAAGCGAUGGCUACUGUCGUCUGCCUCAACCAAGACUACCGUCCAACUCGCAUGUUCCCAGAGAUAGCGAACCUGCAGCACUUCUUCUCUCAUCCUAGUAAUUAGCUAGGAUCAAUCAUAGCAAGCUGCUUUAUCUGCUGAUAGAGGAUUUAAUUUGUUUGGUUUUACUAUGCGCUGUGGAAAAACUAUCGUGAGCUAUGUAUCAUAGAAAAGUUGUAUGUUGUUUGCUUCAAGCCAAUAUAAAAGCUAUCGUAUCUUCCUUUAAA